AAACUCAAAUCAAGGAAGUCGAAGAAAAACCAUGUCUUCUUUCUUCUCUUUGAUCACCUUCCUUUUCCUUUUCUCAUUCCUCACUAGCUUCAGAGCUUCUGCUCAAGAUCCUUAUUUCCUAAAUCAUAAUUGUCCAAAUUCGACAACUUACUCAAGUAACAGCACUUACUUCACCAAUCUUAAAACCCUUUUGUCCUCUCUCUCUUCCCCCAACGCCUCUUACUCCACCGGAUUCCAAAACGCCACGGUGGGACAAGCCCCCGACAGGGUCACCGGACUUUUCCUUUGCCGCGGAGACCUCUCGCCCGAAGUUUGCCGUAACUGCGUCGCCUUCUCCGUUAACGAAACGUUAACUCGGUGUCCAAAUCAGAGAGAAGCUGUGUUCUAUUACGAGGAGUGCAUACUCAGAUACUCUCACAAGAAUAUUCUAUCGACAACUACUACAAACGAAGGAGAAUUUAUCUUGAGCAACCCCAAUAAUAUUUCUCCUAUUCAAAAACAAAUAAACCAGUUUACAGGUUUGGUGUCAUCUAAUAUGAACCAAGCUGCCAUAGAAGCAGCCAACCGUUCUAUAAAAUUCUCUACGAUAAAGACCGAAUUGACCGAACUCCAGACUUUGUACGGGCUUGUUCAAUGCACUCCUGAUCUUUCAAGAGAAAACUGCAUGAGCUGUCUAACAAGUUCCAUAAAUAGAAUGCCACUUUCUAGAAUUGGAGCAAGACAGUUUUGGCCAAGUUGUAAUUCAAGGUACGAGCUUUACGCGUUCUACAAUGAAACCGCCAUAGGAACACCACCACCACCACCACCGCCGCUGCGGUUUCCAGGGUCUACGCCUCCGUUGACAUCUCCUUCACUACCUGGGAAAAGUGGCAGUUCAAAUGUGUUAGUGGUAGCUAUUGUUGUGCCUAUCAUAGUGGCUGUUCUGCUUUUCAUAGCUGGUUACUGUUUCUUUGCAAAGAGGGCAAAGAAGACUUAUGGCACAGCACCUGCUUUAGAUGGUAAAGAUUCAAGUGAUUAACAAUCUUGAUUACGUUUGCUUAAUGUCGCUUCUUUUUUCUUU